AUGAAUGACCCUCUAUUAGAAGAGCGUGACAACCAAAGACUUCAGCGCAGAACCUCAGCUAUAGUAACCACCCAAAGAGUAUUUAAAGUUCCAGUGCCAGAACCAAACCAUUACAAGCCAAAUAAAAUCAGUACAUGCAAGUAUAAUUGCAUAACUUUCUUACCCAAAAAUUUAUGAGAACAAUUCAAGAAACUUGCAAACAUCUAUUUCAUAAUUGUAGCCAUUCUCCAGUCUAUUCCUCAAAUCUCUAUAUCAGGUGGAGUCCCAAAUAUCUUAAUGCCCUUAACCCUGGUGCUCUCUGUUAGUGCAGUCAAAGAUUUAUUAGAAGAUUUAAAAAGACGACGAUCAGAUAAAGAAGAAAACAUGAGAUACACUCUCAAAAGACAUGAAGGAGAAUGGGUAAGCGUCAGGUGGCAAAAUAUAAAGGUCGGAGAUAUUGUCAAGGUAAACAAAGACGAGUUUUUCCCUGCAGAUAUUUUAUUACUCUCUUCUAGCGAUGUAAAGGGCAUAUGUUAUAUUGAAACGAAAAAUCUUGAUGGAGAAACUAAUUUGAAACAUAAGCUUGCCCAUAAAGAAUCUCACGAAAUGUUUCAAAAUCCUGCAAACUAUGAUGCUUUUCAGAGCCAGCUGAGAUGUGAAGACCCAAAUCCUGCGAUUUAUGUAUUUAAUGGGCUCAUACAAAUUGGGAACUCAACUGUGCCGGUUGGUAACGAACAAUUUUUGCUGAGAGGAAGCUCGUUAAAGAAUACAGAAUGGAUCACUGGACUUGUAGUCUACACUGGGCAUGAGUCAAAAAUUAUGCUGAAUUCUUCAAAGUCAAGGAAAAAGUUUUCUAGCCUAGAGCUUCAGAUGAAUAGACAGAUUGUUUUUAUUUUUCUAAUGCAACUUGCUCUUUGUUCAGGAUGUGCUGCGUAUUAUGCAAUAUGGUUCAAAGAGAACAAAGAUCAGACUUAUAUGUAUUUGGAUUUGGAUUAUCAGAAUAAUGAUCCUCUGGUAGCCUUUGUGAUUCAAUUCUUCACUUGGAUGCUUAUUUUUACUAACUUUGUGCCUAUUUCUUUGAUAGUGACGUUAGAAAUGGUUAAAUAUCUUCAGGCUGUAUUUAUUGCGUGGGAUUUAAAAUUGUAUUACGAGCCCAAUGAUAUUUCAGCUGGAGUUCAGAGCUCAAAUCUCAACGAAGAGCUAGGGCAAAUCAGCUAUGUCUUUUCAGAUAAAACAGGAACUUUGACUUGCAACAUCAUGGAGUUUCGAAAAAUUUCGAUAAACGGGAUCUCAUAUGGAACUGAAGAUCGUUUCACAGGGCCUGGGAAAAUCCCUCAUGUAGAUUUUGUCGACUCGAGGUUUGACCCAAGAGAAGAGCAUGCUAUUGAUGUCAUGAUCCUCUUAGCCACCUGCCACACAAUCAUCACAGAAGAAAAAGAAGGGAAAAUCAUAUAUAAAGCUAGCUCGCCUGAUGAGCUGGCUCUUGUGAACUGUGCAAAGUUUUUUGGUUAUGAAUUCAUUGGCAGAGAUAGCAACUUAAACGCAAUGGUGAGAAUCCAAGAGGACAUCAUAAAAAUCCAAAUUCUCAACGUCCUUGAGUUCACCAGUGACAGAAAGCGCAUGUCAGUUGUAGUUAGACUUCCCAACGGUAAAAUAAAAAUCUUCUGCAAAGGUGCUGAUACAAUUUUAAAGCCAAAACUUGUGAAUUCUGAUGUAAUCGAUAAAACUUGGCAAAACUUGGAAGACUACGCAAAUGAAGGGCUGAGGACCUUGGUGUUGGCUUCCAGAGACUUGACUGAAAGCGAAUACCAAGAAUGGAACGCAAAAUUUGUAGAAGCGAUGCAGGAUAUAUUAAAUAGAGAACAAAGAAUAGGAGAAGUCGGAGAAUUAAUAGAGACUAAUUUAUCCUUAUUGGGCGCUACAGCAAUAGAGGACAAGCUCCAAGAUAAAGUUCCUGAAACAAUUCAGAAACUGAGAAAUGCAGGUGUUAAAGUCUGGGUUUUGACUGGAGACAAGAUGGAGACUGCAAUCAAUAUUGGAUUUUCCUGCAACUUAUUAACCAGUGAUAUGGUCAGAAUUAUUGUGCAAGGCUCGCAUACUGAAGAUGUUACUGCAGAGCUGAACCAAGGGAUUAAGGCACACCAAGCAGAGCCAAAUGUAAAGUUCGCCUUGGUUAUAACUGGAGAAUCCUUAUUUAAAGCAAUGAGAGGGGACAAUAAAACACUCCUCUUAAAAGUUACCGAUUUUUGUAAUGUUGUUUUGGCUUGCAGAGUAACUCCACAGCAAAAAGCAGACAUUGUAAAAUUAAUUAAAGACAACAAGAAAGGAGCAAAAACUCUUACUUCUUCUAAAUUAAUAGCAAAAAUCUAAAAAUCUUUAUUUAUUUUAAUAAUUUAAGCCUUAUUUUAAUAUAAAAAAGAAAUAAAAUGGUGACGUUGACGGAAAUUGGACUCCGAGGCGCACCUCCUAUGGAGCUGGUAGGACCCAUUGCUGAUGAAGCUGAAGAUACAGGUCUCAUUCCUGUUUAAGUAGGCCUUCAGUUGUGGGGAAGCCGUGCCGAAGAGGGAAGUUUUAUUUCUCCCCCGAAGGUUUUCCCUGUCCCUGCCAGAUGGGCUAGACAGGUUUUUCCUACCACAUGGUCUUCCUUCAUCGGGACCAUCGGGGCACUCAGACAGAAGUGGCUCUGUCCAAAGAAGCUGAUCCCUUGGACAGGUUUUGACCAGAAAUCAAGAUGGCGUCUGGCCUGGGAGUAUGGCCACAUCAGAACCAGACAGGGAGUCGUCUUUCGAGCUGAGGUGUUGAGGUCCGCUGGUUCGCCCACGUAUGACCUUUUAAAACUAAUUAACUAACUAACUUAUUUUAAUAUGAAGGAAGUUAGCAUUGGCGAUGGAGCAAAUGAUGUUAAUAUGAUCACUGCUGCUCAUGUAGGAAUUGGGAUCGCUGGGCUAGAAGGAGCUCAAGCUGUUAGGGCUUCAGACUAUUCUAUUGGGCAGUUUUGUUAUUUACAGAGACUUAUGUUUGUCCAUGGCCGAGAGUCGUACAGAAAAAACUCAACACUGAUUUGCUACAACUUCUACAAAAAUGUGCUCCUAGUUAUGCCACUGUUCUUUUAUGGGAUAUUUUCAGCCUUUUCAGGCCAACCAUUCUAUAGUGGUUGCCCGAUGAUGGCGCUCAAUGCGCCAUCAUCGGGCAACACCAGAAAGGGCUUCACACGGGAAAUGGGCUCCACGUGUGGAGCCCUUUUUGGCGCGUGGAAGUGAGGAUUCUCCACGUGUCAAAAAGGGCUCCACACGUGGAACCCAUUUCCCGUGUGGAGCCCUUUUCGGCGUUGCCCGAUGAUGGCGCAUUGAGCGCCAUCAUCGGGCAACUCUAUAUAACACUUGGCUUUACCAGCUCUAUAACAUGAUUUUCACAGCCAUGCCCAUUUGCAUUUACGCUAUGUUUGAUCGAGAAAUCCCUUAUGAAGUUCUGGAGUCAGAGCCAAAGUACUAUAAAAUAGGCCUGAAAGGUGAAUUAUUCAGCACAGACGUCUUCUGGGCUUGGAUACUAGAAGCAGUCUUACAAUCAGCAAUUAUCGUAGGUGUUUGUGUGUGGGCAAUUUGCUAUGUAUCAGGACUGAAAGAAACAGGCCUAAUCAGCGGAAUGUGGACAGCUUCAGUGCUAGUUUAUGGUAUGGUCGUGUUAUACGCCAACAUAAAAGUCAUCCUAUUCAGUUACUCCCAUUUCUGGUUCAGCCUCUCUGUAAUUUUCAUUAGUGUGCUUUGUUUUGUCUUGUCUGCAGCUUUCAUCACCGAGAUUCUGCCAAUGUUGAGCUGGCUAGAUAACUAUGAAGGAAAAGGAAGUUUAAACAAACUUAUAGUAAACCCAAACACAUAUAUUUCAAUAGUUGUACUAAUAUAUGGAGGCUUCUUUAUUCAGCCUAUCAUCCGAAGAUUCAAAGUGCUCAGAGAUCUCGCCAAGUCUAAGCCAUUAGAAGCUGUUGCUCACGCUACUGAUGAAGAGUCCUCAGUUUCUUCAGAAGAAUCUGACCAAGUCCCAGAAGCGCUUCCUCCAGAUGAGAUGGAGACUGCCCAGCAAGCUUUGUAUCAAUUGAGAAGAAGACACACAGGCUUUGCCUUCUCUGGGGAAGCAGGCCACGCUCCGCAGCUUACAGACCCGAGUUUCUUUUUCCAGCGCAAUUUUACGCAAGGAAGUUAA